UCCGCGGCCAGAAUCGUCCCCGCCAUGGUUUUCCGCAAAGCCGCUCAGUUGGUUUGUGGCGUCGCCGGCGUCGCGGUUGUAGCCGCGGCCUCGACAUCAGCCUCACAGCGGCGCCGUGAUGGAGGCCUCAAGGCGGCGGCCGUCAGCUGGAGCCCCGGGACCGGCGGCUGGGACCACAACUGGGACAAGCGUGAGCCAAUCUCUCUCAUUAAACCCAACCAGAAGAGUAAAGAGGUGCCUGAGGACCACACUACUCAGCUGGACAACUACAAAGUCAAAGCCACGAGGCACAUCUUCCUCAUCCGUCAUUCCCAGUACGAGCUGUCAGCCUCAACAGACAAAGACAGAGUUCUGACGGCACUGGGCCGUGAACAAGCGGAACUGACAGGUCAGCGACUGGCGAGUCUGGGUUUGAACUACGACAUCCUGAUUCACUCCAGCAUGACACGGGCGAAGGAGACAGCAACCAUCAUUCGCAAAUACUUACCAGGUCUGGAGAUGAUGAGCUGCGACUUGCUGAGGGAAGGAGCCCCAAUUGAGCCAGACCCGCCCGUCAGCCACUGGAAACCGGAGGCCAUGCAGUAUCAUGAAGAUGGCGCCAGGAUUGAAGCUGCGUUCCGUCGCUACAUCCACAGAGCUGAUUUGAAGCAACAGAACGAUAGUUACGAGGUCAUUGUUUGCCACGCAAAUGUAAUCCGCUAUUUCGUUUGCAGAGCGUUGCAGUUCCCCCCGGAGGGUUGGCUGAGGAUGUGCCUCAACAACGGCAGCAUUACCUGGCUCACCAUCCGCCCCAACGGCAGGGUGGCGCUUCGGACGCUGGGGGACACGGGCUUCAUGCCUCCUGACAAAUUAACACGCUAACACGUGGUUUGCAGCGCCUGCAUGCUUCACGUUUCACUGUGCAAGACGUCAGCAUCAUACUUGAAAAGAUAUCAGUGGCUGUUCUAUUGAUUUGCACCAAUAAUUACAGAUCUUUAUUUUUGUUUUUAAUUUACAUUUUAGGAUCACGUACCUAUGGCUGAAAUGACGGAUGUGAGUGGAGUAUAAUCAAUGUUGUUCCAUGUCAACUGAUAAUUGACUCUUGAGUUCAUCAUCUCCUGUAACCUUGUUUUUAUAAUGAAUUUUCAAGGAGAUAGUCGAUCCUCUCAGUAUCUGAAACUUACUGCCAACUAGAUUUUUUUUUAAAGGAAAAUGUUUAAAUAGUAAAACUCAUCUCCAGGCUGAUAGUCUGAUUAUCAGUACAAUGUGUAGAGUCGGUCGGUGUUCAAUAGGAUUUAUUAACCUGGCAUAGCUAAGUCUUGAGGGGUGUUUUGUGUGUGGUGUUAGCUGACCUGGGCUGGAUGAUGAGGGGCAGUCGGGAGUGUUUUCGCUCUCUCUCCCCUCCUGUAAUCCCCUGUUGUGGCAGUAGUGGACCUGACAACAGCAACUGCACUACGCCUUACCCACAACACACCUGGCUUCAAGACCUUCCAAAAGACAGAAGUAAAUAGCUAGCCCGUGAAAUGAAGAAUCUUUAUAAUCUAAAGUGUUUCACAAUUAUUUAAUAAACAAUUUGGUUAUUAAUAUGGAAAGUCUAAACAGAAGGUAGGAUGUUAUAAUCAAUGAGCUAGAAGCAUUACUUUAGGUAGUUAGUGCUCAGAUUUGUCACUCACUGCAGGAGCAGUUUACCCAAUCGUGUCACUUAUUUCCAGCUGGUUUCUCAAUGCAGUUUUCAAACGUUGAAUACAGGGUCCCGUGAAUAAAAGUUCUUUUUUUUAACAAA